CGCACCACGGAGGUUGGUGCUGGCUUUCAAGAGAGCAAGGGGCAAUGGCGCGGAAUGUGUAUGGUCCUGGAGUGCGGAUGGGCAACUGGAACGAAGAUGUCUACCAGGAGGAGGAGCGCUUGCGACACUUCUUAGAGAAGAGGGAAAAGGGAGAGCUUCUUAUUCAGAAAAACAGAAGACUGAAGAAGCACAUUUUGAGACCGUUGCAGCUUUCAAUAUCUGAAGAUGGCUAUGUCCACUAUGGUGACAAAGUGAUCCUUGUGAAUCCUGACCAUGUCCUGACGGAGGAAGUUGGCAUGUACAUGAGAGGAGACCUGAGCCUGUGUAUGAGCCCAGAUGAAAUUAAAGCACAACUUAACGAUGACUUAGAGAUACCAUGUGGUGUGACUGGUGUGCCGACCAUCGCCCCGAUGGGCAGGAACACCUUCACCAUUUUGAGUAACAAUGCUAACAGCUGCAAUAUGGGCCAAGUGGUUGUAUACGGGCAGGACUUCUGUCUGGGGAUACCAGCAGGACUGGAAGGCAAGAUGCUGUAUUUAACAAGCGACCACAGGACCCUUCUGAAGUCUUCUGUGAAGUCCUGGCUCCAGGAGGUGACUCUGACAGAUACGGUCACCCAUCUGAACUGGUGGCAGGCUGCCUUCCUCGACCCCCAGCUGCGCUUGGAAUAUGAAGGCUUCCCAGUCCCGGCAAAUGAAAAGAUUGUCAUCUAUCAUCGUCACACAAAUCGAGCCCUGGCAGUCCACCGGAAUCUCUCCUUAAGGACCUACUUUGGGAAGGAAGCUGAGGUUGCCGCUCACACACAUUUUGAUCCACACAGAGUUGAAAGACCCAAGAACCACUGGAUGCUGGUUACUGGAAAUCCCAGAAAUAAGUCCAACACCAUGCUAGACAUCUCUAAACCUAUUGCAGUGGAUACCCGGGCCGUGGAGCAGGCCAUGGGCAUCAAUACAUAGUGACGUACCAGGCAUACGUGUGGCUCUUGUCAGCUUCAGGUCUUAAAAGAAAGGAACAAUCUUCUUGGUUGUACCCCAAGCAGUUUUACAGUAGGUGAAGAAUUCUAUGAAUAUGUCAUUAAAAGACAUACCACAUUAAAAUGACUGAAUUGAUGUUGGGAGCCUGGCUCUGGGGAGCAAAUAGUGUUUGAAAAUGAAUUGUAUUUGAGAUUAAGUCAGCUUUUGUUGAUAUCCCAAUUGUGAAGAACUUAGUGCCCCCCUUCAGAGCCCCUUGCCUACAGGACCAACGAGGCCUGUGCUCCUUUCCAAAACUGGGUUUAUGCAAUAAAGAGGUCAGAAGUUUGCGGAUGUUUUGA